AUGUCGGUUAAGCAACUCGUCAUCAGUGCGGCAUCUGCUGCCGUUAUGUUAUCGAGUUUGAUUCCUUGCAACGCAGUCAGGGCCGCUGUCCAACCCGCCUCCGCUGGGGAGUUCAGCGAUUAUCCUCCUACGAGAUAUGCAACCUUUGACGAAAGGAAAAAUGCUCUCCAUUGCGGUUAUGAUAAUCGCGAGAAGAACAGUGAUGACUCGGCAGCAUUGGACUUCUACAUCGUUGGCAACGGCGUGCAAACUGGGGCGAUUACUUGUCCCAAGGCAGAAAAGUAUCCGGCGUUCCGGACAUCAUAUCUAGGCUCGCCUACUCUCAAGAUGUACAACCCCCACAUUGUAGGGAGCGGCGCAUAUUUCUCCCUAGCUCAGCCGACUACCGAGGUCACUUAUCUGGAUCCUCUAAGGAACAUUCAGCUAUCCCCUCCCAGUCCUCGUGCGGAGGGUGAAUCGCCAGCAAUGAAUAGGCAGAGACAAUGCCUCAACGCGAUUCAGACCAUCAAAGAUGGAUUCGGUGGAAGCUUCAGAGCUCUGUGCGAUAAGCAUCAUGAUGUCUCCGUAACGGCUAUCAAGACUACACGAGCCGCUGAGUUGAAUGUCACAGUUUGA